AUGCGCAAAGUCUACACUACCGACUUCCAACAAUUAUUCAACAUGGGGUACCAGAACUACUCCGAAGGUGAGUGGCGUGUAGCCCGACGACUACUGAAGGAAACACAAGACAUGCUCGGCUUCCAGGAUGGCCCCAGUACUGCCUUGUUGAACUUUAUGGAGACCUAUCACUUUGAG